AUGUCCCUUAAGAACACCCCUCGCCAUGGUGUCCCAUGGACAGUGCCCCACAGGAACAGCCCCCUCACGGUGUCCCAUGGACAGUGUCCCACAGGAACAGCCCCCUCACGGUGUCCCAUGGACAGUGUCCCACAGGAACAGCCCCCUCACGGUGUCCCAUGGACAGUGCCCCACAGGAACAGCCCCCUCACGGUGUCCCAUGGACAGUGUCCCACAGGAACAGCCCCCUCACGGUGUCCCACAGCGCUCCCACCGCCUCAGCGCGAGGCCUUUUCCCAGCACGGAGCGCGGGCUGACAGCGCCCCCUGCCGGCUCGGCGCUCACCGCGACUCACCCACCGUCAAAGAGCGUGGCUCCCAGAGCAGCGUGUCCAUCACCAGGUGCAUGACCACAGGUGCCUGUGCCAACCACGGCAGUGUUCACCCAGCUGCGGCAGAGCUGGCACCACGCUCACACACACUCCUGCAAAUGGCCAGGACAGCCCUCACGCCGCCGCCCUUCCGCCCGGAGGCACGGCCCCGCUCGGGCCCCGAGCGCCGCGCCCGCCCGGCGGCGGCUCCCGCCGCUCCCCGCCCGGCGCGGAGCCGCUCCGCCCCCGCGGGCAGUGCGCAUGCAUGGGGCGGCCGCGCCGCCCUGAGUCACCGCUCCGCUCCUCGGCCGCUCCCCGGCAGCGGCAGCGGCAAGGCGGCCACCAUGAACCGCUUGGGGAAAAAAGCAAAUGAGACCCUCAUCGAGAUGGCUCUGUCGGCGGACGGUGACAUUGCGAUUCUCACCAAGUUCAAGCUGUCACAUUCAGAAGGGGAAGAAUGCAAUGGACCUGAAACUAUUUCAACUGCAGGAUCAGAAAUCCCGAGCAGCUCUGAGGGCCUAAACAGCACUGAGACUACUUUACUCAUCCCUGAACAUCAAGUGAUUGAUAAAAGACAUCAAAGCAAAGAUUCUAUUUUCUUCAGGGAUGGUGUCAGGAGAAUUGAUUUUGUUCUCUCCUAUGUGGAUGAUCUUAAUAAGGAAUGGGAAAAAAAGUUGGAAAGGAGAAAAGAAUUUGAGAGCAACCUGCAAAAGGCUGGUUUGGAGCUAGAAACAGAAGACAAGAAGGAAUCUGAAGAUGGCAAGAAUUUUUGUGAAGAUCCAUGCACCGUGGGAGGUUCUGAUCACAUAUGCAGAAGUGCUGAACAUUAAAGUUCCCAUCAAGGAAAAUGACAUUCCCCCCAUGGUAGAGAACCCCCUGGACUGUGUGCUUUUCCCACUGAGGCUGCCCGAGAAGGUGAUGCACCCU